AUGUCAGCUAAGGAAGUCCCUGUAUGGCCUGAAACAGUCUCCAAGACAGUGGUACAAGAGUCUAGAAUUCAAGACUUGAAGAAGAUGUUGAGCGAGGAGUUCGACAUGAAGGAUCUAGGUGCAGCACAGAAGAUCCUUGACAUGGAAAUUCAGAGAGAGAGGACCGCUGGAAGGAUCUGGAUAUCACAAGCCAAGUAUAUUCAUAGGGUUCUUGCGAAGUUCAACAUGCAAGAAGCAAAGGUAGUUUCGACUCCUUCGGCAGCUCACUUCAAGUUAAGUGGGCAACAGUGUCCUAAGUCCGAGGAAGAGCAGCAAGUAAUGGAGAAGGUGCCUUAUGCUAAUGUCGUGGGCUGCCUUGUGUAUGCAAUGGGUUCUUGGCUACAAAGGAUUAUGUUUGAAAAGCAAAAAGAAAAUGCAGGGGUGUUGGGAUAUAUGGAUGCCGAUUAUGCAGGGAACUUGGACAAGAGAAGGUCAACUUCUGGUUAUGUGUUUACAUGUGCAGGAGGACCGAUCAGUUGGAGGACACUACUGCAACCAAUUACAGCUUUGUCGACUACAGAGGCAGAGUAUAUUGCAUUGGCUGAAGCUGGAAAGGAAGCAAUUUGGCUUAGUGGCUUGGUAAGUCAAAUGGGAAUCACCCAAGAUUGUGUGAAGCUGAAGUGUGAUAGUCAAAGUGCCAUUCACUUGGCAAAGAAUCAAGUUUUUUUCUGGAAGAUCAAAGCACAUUGA